AACUGUCAACACUACAGUGAUAAUAUCCAGUGAAAUUAAACGAACAAAAAUAGUUAUAGCGCACUUGGAACAGGGACUUCGUAACAAAACACGAGUAAAACUACUAAGAAGUGUUAACAAAUAAUCAGAACUGUGUUACUGUGGAAGAUCACUGAAAAUUAAAACCACGGAUCAUCGCGGAGUUGAGGUUAGAAACACAACAGACAAGACAAUAUUAUUACUCAUUGACAUUGUCAAACACCGCCAACAAAAUUGACGUUACAGUCAGUGUUGCCAACUGCAAUAAACAUUUCUACCAUUUUCUACUAUUACGUUCCAACAUACGCAAAUACAACUAAAUAAUAGUAAAAUGGAGGGACAAUUCCAAACAUUAUUUGAUAAUUUGAAGAUCGAGAUGCAAAAACAGAAUGAAGAUUUGAAACAAUCCGUCACAAAAAAUAUUUUAGACAAAAUGGAAGAGAAGUUAAUUCCUAUAGUGGAAGAAAAUAAAAACCUAAAGGUCAGAGUAGAAAAAUUGGAAAAAGAAAUAGAGUAUCUAAAAAAAGGAGGGAGAGAGAAUAAUAUCAUAGUAUUCGGCCUGGAUGAGAAAGAAACGUCUACCAUUGAGUUAUUACGGGAAUUUAAGGAAAAUCUGAAAAUCGACUUAAAUAUUAAUAUGGAAGACUAUGAAAUAAACAAGAUCUAUCGUUUAGGUAAGAAAAACAGAGAAAGCAACAAGCCGAGGCCGGUAUUAUGUUCGUUUAUAAAUAACUGGAAAAAGAUGGAAAUCAUUAAAAACAAAAAACACCUAAAGAAAAUUCAUGUAUCUGAGGACUACUCAAAAGAAGUAUUAGAAAAGAGAAAAACACUACAAGCAGAUUUAGCUGAAGAGAGGAAAAAAGGCAAUAUAGCAUAUUUGAGACACGACAAACUAAUAAUAAAAGAGACCAACAACAACAGCCAAGAGAAAAGGAAAAGGGAAUCAUCUGCCUCACCCUCUGAUUAUAACAAUCAGCCUAAAAAGCAACUGACUGUAUCCACAACCAAGACCAACAGAACAAACGCUUUUGAUAUGAUGCGUUCCAGCUCUCUUUCUAAUAUAUCUACUACCAAAAAACAAUAGCAAUUAAGAAUCGGCAAACGGAAUCCAAAACCAACCGACGAAACUAUUAACAACAAAGAAACAGAAAACUACCAAACUCCCCCAAGCCGACUGGUCCUCGUGGGGGAAAGAGACCACAACCCUCCGACAAUAACUGGCAACAACAACAACAACAAAAACCAUAAACAACAAACAUCGAAAUUUUACAUCGCAGCCCUAAAUGUACUUACCCUAAAAAAUGAAGAAAAUCUUACAGAACUAAUGUAUGCGUUAGAACACAUCAAAUGGGACAUCGUUGGCCUGAGCGAAGUGAGAAGAAUGGGUGAAAAUAUCACGUCACAUCCAGAAUACAUGCUUUACCAUAUAGGGGAGACCCCGGGCCUUCAUGGCGUUGGAUUUAUUAUCAAAAAGCAUAUUACAAAGUAUAUAGAAGGAUUCAUCGGUAUCUCGGAGCGUAUCGCGAUAAUGAAUUUGAAAAUACCUGGAUACAAAGAUCCUUGGUCCAUUGUACAAAUAUAUUCUCCUACUGAACAAGCAAAUCUGGAAACAAUAAAUAAAUUCUACAUUGAUCUAAACAAAGCGAUCCAAGAUCACGGUCAUAAAAACCUUAUAGUAAUGGGAGACUGCAAUGGACAAAUUGGGGAAAAGCGCCCAGAAGAAAAUAUGAUACUAGGACCAUUCACAUAUAGUAACAAAACUAGAAGUAGAAAUGGAGAAUUUAUCACGAACUUUGCACUAGAAAAUAACCUUACCAUCUUAAAUACUAUGUUCAUGAAAAAGAAGAAAAACAUGUGGACCUGGAUCUCGCCUGACGGUAAAACAAAAAAUGAAAUUGAUUUCAUAAUGACCAACAGAAACAGCUACUUCACUAACUUUACCGUAAUCAAUAAAUUGAACUUUAACACUAACCAUAAACUAAUUAGAGCAGAACUGGUAUCAAAGCAACCAAAGAAACCUAGACCAAGGCAACACCCAGAAAACAUAAACUUCGGAAAACACCAGUUAGAACAAAUAACAGUUGCCCUAAAAGACAAAUUCACAGACAUCCAAUCUAAAACGAAAGGAUUAGGGACACAAGAUAAAUACAACUGGAUCGAAAACACCAUUAAAGCUCAGAUACAACUCAGUGCAAAUGCCAAAACCGAGCCGAAGAAAUGGCUAACUACAAAUACCACAAAUCUCCUAGAAGAAAGAAACCACUUAAUUAGUGCAAGAGAUGCUCCAGACAGACGAAAACAUUUAACGAAAAUUAACAAAGAAAUCAGAGAAAGUAUAAGAAAGGAUCGAAAACAAAGCAGAAUGGAAAUUAUAGAAAAGUAUAUAAGUAA